GGGUGAAAACCGUAAUUUUCUAUUUUAUCAUAUUCAUCACGAAGAUGGCACGAGGAGUAGUAUUUGCCGGUGACACGAAAACCAAACGACGAAUUCGAUUCCUCACACAACACACAGUCACGCACUCUCCGCCGCUGCUCCGCCCACUUUCAACCAUGGCAGAUCUGAAAUCAAAAUUCCUGCAAGUUUAUUCCGUAUUGAAAUCGGAGCUGUUAAACGACCCCAAUUUCGAGUUCACCGAUGAUUCUCGUCAGUGGAUUGAGCGGAUGCUGGACUAUAAUGUUCCCGGAGGAAAACUGAAUCGAGGGCUCUCAGUCGUUGAAAGCUAUAAGCUGCUGAAAUCAGGGAAAGAGCUGACCGAUGAAGAAGUUUUUCUUGCAUGUUCACUUGGGUGGUGCAUUGAGUGGCUUCAAUCGUAUUUCCUUGUUCUUGAUGAUAUAAUGGAUGGCUCUCAUACACGCCGAGGUCAACCCUGUUGGUUCAGAUUGCCCAAGAUUGGGAUGAUAGCGAUGAAUGACGGGAUAAUACUGCGCACGCAUAUUUCAAGAAUUCUGAAAAGGCAUUUCAAAGAAAAGCCUUACUAUGUGGAUCUGGUGGAUUUAUUUAACGAGGUGGAGUUCCAGACAGCGCAUGGACAAAUGAUCGAUUUGAUCACCACACUUGUUGGAGAGAAGGACUUAUUGAAGUACUCACUGCCUUUGCACCGCCGAAUUGUGCAGUACAAAACUGCCUAUUACUCGUUUUAUCUUCCUGUAGCAUGUGCACUUCUUAUGUUUGGCGAGAAUUUGGACAAUCACGUCGCUGUAAAGGACGUAUUGAUUGAAAUGGGAACUUAUUUUCAAGUUCAGGAUGAUUAUCUAGAUUGUUUCGGUGAUCCAGAGGUGAUUGGUAAGAUUGGAACCGACAUUGAAGAUUUUAAGUGCUCUUGGUUGGUAGUCAAAGCCCUUGAAUUAUGUAACGAGGACCAAAAGCUCACUCUCUAUGAGAAUUAUGGAAAGGAUGAUCCUGCAGCUGUAGCUAAAGUCAAAGACCUUUACAAAGCUCUCAAGCUUCAGGAUGUGUAUCUGGAGUACGAAAGCACGAGUUACGAGAAGAUAACUAACUCGAUCGAAGCUCACCCUAGCAGGGAAGUACAAGCUGUGCUCAAAUCGUUCUUGGCGAAGAUUUAUAAACGACAAAAGUAAAUAACACUGCGUAACCAGGUAGAACGAAAAAAAUAAAUUACGCAAUAAAUUAGCUUUAAAAAUGUACUAAUUACAUUUUUAGAAAUGUACUCAAAACUCUGCAGAUGAUGACUAAUUACAUCAGAAUUAAAAAAAAAAAAAAAAGAAUAAACAGAUGAUGUUUAUGAAACCUAUUAUAUACUGGCUGCAACAUUAGAGCAAUAAACGUAGGAAAUGAAAAAUUA